AGGGUAAGAGCAGCUGUUUGGUCCUGGUCCCACUUUGGCUCCUGCACUACAGCUCAAAGUGUGAGUUGCAGAGAAACAGAAACAGAGACUUCUAACUGCAGCUGACCAAGAAAGGAAGCGAGAAUCAGCCAGAACAUUAUGCGUGAAUGCAUCUCUGUUCAUGUUGGGCAAGCUGGAGUUCAGAUUGGCAAUGCAUGCUGGGAGCUUUUCUGCCUUGAACAUGGUAUCCAGCCUGAUGGCACUUUCGAGAACCAACCCAACAAAUUUAACGAUGAUGAUUCUUUUACCACUUUCUUCAGCGAAACACGCACCGGAAAACAUGUACCACGAGCCGUUAUGGUGGACCUAGAACCAACAGUUGUAGAUGAAGUGCGGGCUGGAAGUUACCGCCAACUUUUCCACCCAGAACAGCUGAUUGCUGGCAAGGAAGAUGCAGCAAAUAACUAUGCUCGUGGUCACUACACCAUUGGCAAGGAGAGCAUUGACCUGGUCCUGGAUCGUGUUCGUAAACUGACUGAUGCCUGCUCUGGUCUACAAGGAUUCCUGAUUUUUCACAGCUUUGGUGGAGGCACAGGCUCUGGCUUUACCUCCUUGCUGAUGGAGCGCCUGUCCGUGGACUAUGGCAAGAAGUCCAAACUGGAGUUUGCCAUCUACCCGGCUCCACAGGUUUCCACAGCAGUGGUGGAGCCCUACAAUUCCAUCCUCACCACCCACACCACCUUGGAGCACUCGGACUGUGCCUUCAUGGUAGACAACGAGGCAAUCUAUGACAUCUGCCGUCGUAACCUGGACAUUGAGCGCCCCACUUACACCAACCUGAACCGCCUCAUCAGCCAAAUUGUCUCCUCCAUCACUGCUUCUUUGCGCUUUGAUGGUGCCCUUAAUGUGGACCUGACUGAGUUCCAGACCAACCUGGUGCCCUACCCUCGCAUCCACUUCCCAUUGGUGACCUAUGCACCUAUCAUCUCUUCUGAAAGGGCCUACCACGAGCAGCUCUCUGUGGCUGAGAUCACCAGCUCAUGCUUUGAACCCAGCAACCAAAUGGUGAAAUGUGACCCUCGCCAUGGGAAGUACAUGGCUUGCUGCAUGCUCUACCGUGGUGAUGUGGUGCCCAAAGAUGUCAAUGUAGCAAUUGCUGCUAUCAAGACCAAAAGAACAAUCCAGUUUGUGGACUGGUGUCCUACUGGCUUUAAGGUUGGCAUCAAUUACCAGCCUCCCACCACGGUCCCUGGGGGUGACCUUGCCCAAGUCCAGCGUGCCGUCUGCAUGCUUAGCAACACCACUGCCAUCGCCGAGGCCUGGGCAAGGCUGGACCACAAGUUUGACCUGAUGUACGCCAAACGCGCCUUCGUCCAUUGGUAUGUGGGCGAAGGCAUGGAGGAAGGAGAGUUUUCUGAGGCCCGAGAAGACCUGGCUGCCUUGGAGAAAGACUACGAGGAAGUUGGGACCGACUCCUUUGAAGAGGAAAAUGAAGGGGAAGAAUUUUAAAAAGGCAGUUUGCCCCUGACUGUACACGACGACAUUUUAAACAUCUCUUCAUUGUCCUGGGGGACACUUUGCUGCACAGCUUCUGCUUGCUUGAGAGGAAAUUGAAGAAGAAAGAAUAAAAGGGGCACAGCAGAA